GAUCGUCUUUUGAUCAAAGGUGGUAAAAUAGUUAACGACGACCAGUCUUUUUAUGCAGACAUUUACAUGGAAGAUGGGUUGAUAAAGCAAAUAGGAGAGAAUUUGAUUGUGCCCGGGGGAGUGAAAACUAUUGAAGCCCAUGGCAGGAUGGUGAUUCCUGGAGGGAUUGACGUUCACACCCGCUUCCAGAUGCCGGAGCAGGGGAUGACAUCUGCUGAUGACUUCUUCCAAGGGACCAAGGCUGCACUGGCUGGAGGCACCACCAUGAUCAUUGAUCACGUCGUUCCUGAGCCAGGGACCAGUUUGCUGACUGCGUUCGACCAGUGGCGAGAAUGGGCAGACAGCAAAUCCUGCUGCGACUACUCUCUGCAUGUGGAUAUCACCGAGUGGCAUAAAGGCGUCCAGGAGGAGAUGGAAGCUCUGGUUAAAGAUCAUGGUGUGAACUCCUUCUUGGUUUACAUGGCUUUCAAAGAUCGCUUUCAGCUAACUGAUUCUCAGAUAUAUGAGGUCCUGAGUGUAAUCCGGGAUAUUGGCGCGACAGCUCAAGUGCAUGCUGAGAAUGGUGACAUCAUUGCUGAGGAGCAGCAAAGGAUCCUGGAGCUGGGGAUCACAGGCCCUGAAGGGCAUGUGUUGAGCAGACCUGAAGAGGUGGAGGCAGAGGCUGUGAACCGGGCAAUAACCAUCGCCAACCAAACCAACUGCCCCCUUUAUAUCACCAAGGUGAUGAGCAAAAGUGCCGCUGAUGUCAUUGCUCAAGCCAGGAAAAAGGGCACUGUGGUGUAUGGAGAGCCCAUCACAGCCAGCUUGGGUACCGAUGGAUCUCAUUACUGGAGCAAGAAUUGGGCUAAGGCAGCAGCUUUUGUUACUUCCCCACCACUGAGUCCUGACCCAACCACUCCUGAUUUUCUCAACUCGCUACUGUCCUGUGGAGACCUCCAAGUUACUGGCAGUGCUCACUGCACCUUCAACACUGCUCAGAAAGCUGUUGGGAAGGACAACUUUACCCUGAUCCCUGAAGGAACCAAUGGGACUGAAGAGAGGAUGUCCAUCAUCUGGGAUAAGGCUGUGGUGACUGGCAAGAUGGAUGAGAACCAGUUUGUGGCUGUGACCAGCACAAAUGCAGCUAAAAUCUUUAACCUGUACCCGCGGAAGGGCCGUAUUGCAGUGGGCUCGGAUGCUGACCUGGUUAUCUGGGAUCCUGACAGUGUCAAGACAAUCUCUGCCAAGACUCAUAACAUAUCCCUGGAGUAUAAUAUCUUUGAGGGCAUGGAGUGCCGUGGGUCUCCCCUGGUGGUUAUCAGCCAGGGGAAGAUCGUGCUGGAGGAUGGGAAUCUCCAUGUCACCGAGGGAUCUGGACGGUAUAUCCCCAGGAAACCAUUCCCUGACUUCGUUUACAAGCGCAUCAAAGCGAGGAGCAGGCUGGCCGAGCUGCGGGGUGUGCCUCGAGGCCUCUACGAUGGACCCGUCUGCGAAGUGUCGGUGACACCGAAGACCGUCACACCAGCGUCUUCAGCUAAGACGUCUCCUGCCAAACAGCAGGCCCCACCCGUGAGGAACCUGCACCAGUCUGGAUUCAGCUUGUCUGGGGCACAGAUCGAUGACAACAUCCCACGCCGCACGACUCAGCGCAUCGUGGCACCGCCGGGCGGACGUGCCAACAUCACCAGCUUGGGCUAAGGACCGACCCCUUCUGUGCCCGCCUAGCGGACCGGGGGACGGGGGCACCUGGAGACCGUUUUUGAUUCUUUUAGAGCCUGUGACAGUUACUGCGGGCAACCAGUGAGGGGGGGCUGAAGUAAGGCGCCUCUUACAGUCCCCUCAGAUUCCCUCCUCAUCUUCACCAACCCCUCUCACUUCCCCCCUCGGCCCCUACACAUUUAAAGAAAUAAACCCUGUUUUGACACCUCUGACAUGCAAAAGUAAAUGUAAAGAGGAUGUUUGAGAUAUGUGGCCUCUGUCCCAUUCAGCAUCUUUCUUUUAAUAAAGGAAGGAUAAAGUGAAUUUCCCGGGAGCUGCCUUUAAGACACACACAAAAAAAGGAAUAAAUAAAUAAUAAAUGUAAAAAA